AUGUGGUCCAAGUUGUAAGUUUUUUUAUUUCAUGAAAUGUUACUUCGAAAUUUUGUGAUUUGUCUAGUGUUUCAAAAUGCGUUACAGUUCACGGAUAAACGUUAUAAGUGAUGCAGAGGAAAAAGUAGACUUGAAAGUCCUAAUGCCGGGCUGGCAUAUGUGCGUCUGAGGACCGGGACCUGAACCAAAGCCCCAAGGGCCCAACUCAGGUCCCGCGACAACUUUUGAAAAGCGUAAAUAUUUAAAACAUACAAAGAUAUUUUAUAAAAGGUUAGUUAUUAUAUUUUGUUAUAUCGUAUAAUUUAGAUUAUUUGUUGUACUAACCAUAGUUGGCUUCAAAGUAUGUUACUCUGCUGAAGAUGCACAAAAAAUGUUUCCUGUUAUGGGCCCAAGUUCAGCUGCUGUAAGUUAAGAGAAUAUUCAAAUUACCGAACUUUAUUCGACUAUUUUAAAAUGGUUUUUAUAUCGUAUACUGUAAUGUUUUGAUAAAACUACCCUCUGUGAUUCUAUCGUGAUUUCAGUUUCCUCUACGCAACAGCUACGUACCACAAGCAGUGUCAUACGCAUCUCCAGCUUAUGUGUUUGCUAGCUACUCUUCUGGUGGUUAUCGUUUACAAGGCGAAGGUGGGAAAGCAGAAGGAGAGGAUGAUGAAGAUGAAAAGAGAAAAAGAAAAUUCAUGAUGAGCCAUAGACGGUUUCAGUAA